AUGGCCAGCCACAUCAUCGGAAACCGCAACAGCACUCCGGAGGCAGCUCCGAAUUCCACCUUGCGCCCUCCUUCGUCUGCCCGCAACCUCGGAUCACACCAGCUGCGAGCCUCAGCCGACAUGUCGGGGUUUCCCUCGCCACUAUCCUCCCGCAGCAUGCGUCCGUCCUCGGAGGUUUUUUUCAACCAUCAAGCCCAGGGACAGAACACAACGGAGGAUGCUCUGGAUCGCGCCGCUCAGCAAUGGCUGGCAGACAUUGAUCAGUACGAGACAACUCUGGAAGAGAUGGCAGCCGCCACUCUUGAUCAGGACUUCAAGGAUGAACUCAGUGCCAUCGAGCAGUGGUUUCGAGUUCUGAGUGAAGCGGAGCGGACGGCUGCAUUGUAUGCACUGUUGCAGCAGACCACUCAGGUACAGAUCCGAUUCUUCAUCCAAGUGCUGCAGCAGAUGUCUCAGAGCCAUCCAAUGUCCGGGCUUCUUUCGCCAGCAAAUUUUGGGGAAAAAGAUGCCAUGUCUAGCCGCUUGAGCGAUGCAAUGUCGAAAGUCAACUUGGACACCUCCCGGAGCUCGUUGGGCCGGCCCCCACCAUCACCCGGUGCGAAGCGCAACUCGGGACUCGAUUCCUCUACAAUUAAUGCGAUGUUCCCCGAUGCUGCGGCUGCGAUUGCAAAGAAGAAGGCAGAGUUCACUCAGCAGACUGGCAACGCCCCUCCAUCAAACCGGAACAGCGCGGUCUUUGGAGAUCGUACCUCAUUUGUUGCACCAACCAUCUCCGGCCCCGACAACUCCGACAACCUGGGCAAUCCCCCGGCAUCACCAUGGGCUCGCGGCGGUCUUUCAGAUGCCCAGCCUCCAAUUGCCCGUCCAAAGUCUUCGUCGGGUCAUCAACCCAUGGGUCAAUUUAGCCAAACUUCGGGCAUGCGUUCGCCUCUUCCCCAGACGGCCACAAUUCCUGCCCCGGACGUCGAACCUCCACUGCUCUCUCCGUACAACUUGGGUAACCACAGCUGGGCCUCGAUGACCAACACCCCAAUGACUGCCACCUUCGGUCAGCAGCAAAACAAUGGACAGAAUUCGCAGGCCGACAUGGUUGCCAAUGCGACCGCGAUGAAGCUGGCAGCUCUGUCCACUGUUAACAACCGUAUUGCUCUAGAUGACGCGCGCAAAUAUCGUCGUGCUCGUUCCAACGAUGGCCAAGGGAAGAACUCGAGUGCCAACCCUACCCUUUCUCAAGGACUGGCAAGCCCAGGCCUGCACGGGUCUAUGGCCAGUCAACUCCUCAAUGCCCAGCAGCUGGCCGCGUUGCAGGCCCAGCAGCAGGCUGCCAUGGCGGGCCGGCGCUCCCGUCCGACCUCUCCCGGCAUUGCCAUGCAGGGUGGUGGACUCGGUGCGAUGGGCUUUACCUCGCCGCAAAACAAUGGUUUCUUAGCCGCCUAUGAUCCGAACAACCCGCUAAUGGGCAACGGACUAGGCUCACUGGGCAUUGGGCAGUUUGGACUGGGUAGCGAAGGCUACCUGUCCGACCACUCAGAGGUUACCCGUGGUCGCUCCCCACGUGGUCGCCGCGGCAGCUCAAAGCCUCCGGAAGACCCCACUGACCCGGCCCUUCUGAAGGAUAUCCCCAGCUGGCUGCGAUCCCUUCGGCUGCACAAGUACACCGACAAUCUAAAAGAUCUCCAGUGGACAGAGUUGGUUGAACUGGAUGACAAGGCCCUGGAGGAUCGUGGUGUCAACGCACUGGGUGCGCGCAACAAGAUGCUCAAGGUCUUUGAACAAGUCCGGGAAGCCCGUGCAGACGGCAAACUUGAGAAUGUUGCAUGA